AUGGAUCGUAAUUAUUGGAUGUACGAAAUCAGACAUACGAACCAAGAGUUUGUGAUCGGCUUGCGAAGUUUUCUUAAGACUGCUCAAGAGGAUCGUGUGAACAAAGGAAAAAAAACCAUCCCGUGUCCUUGUACGGAAUGUAAAAAUAUUACCGAAUUUACAGAAACAAAUGAAAUCGAGUAUCAUUUGCUGAAAAAUGGAUUUAUGUUGAAUUAUACUUGUUGGUCCAAACAUGGUGAGUCACUUGCUAACCGUAGCACAUCUUCGAUUAAUUUAGAAGCUAAUUAUAGCGACGAGAGCGAGGGCCCGCACAUUUGUGAUGACGAUGAUUAUUUAGACGCGGCCAAUGACAAUUUAAAUGACAUGUGCAAUGAUUUGGAAUUCAAUUCUUGCGACAAUUAUCAAGAAAAACUACAACAAUUAUUUGACGAUGAAAAAAAACCAUUAUAUGUUGGUUGUAAAAAGUUUUCUAAGCUCAGCGCCGUGUCAAAGCUCUUAAACUUAAAGACAAACUACAGUUGGAGCGAUAAGAGUUUUACAUGUCUAUUAGAGUUAUUACAUGACAUGCUUCCCGAAGACAACGAGUUACCCAUAUCCAUAUACCGAGCUAAGAAAUUGAUGUGUCCAAUGGAAUUAGAGGUUCAAAGAAUACAUGCAUGUCCAAAUGAUUGUAUGUUGUACAGAAACCAGUUUGAAAAAACUCAUACGUGUUAUAUAUGUGGUGAAUCGAGGUACAAAGGUAAAAAUGAUACUGGUGAAUAUGAUGACGAUGUGACGAAAAAUGGACCACCGGCUAAAGUAUUGUGGUAUUUCCCCAUUAUACCAAGAUUAAAGCGUUUAUUUGCAAAUCCUAAAGAAUCGAAGUUGCUGCGUUGGCAUUCUGAUGAGCGUAAGGAGGAUGGAAAGUUAAGACAUGUGGCGGAUUCACCUCAGUGGAGAAACUUUGAUUAUGAUUAUCCGGAUUUUGGUAACGAGGUUAGAAAUAUACGAUUUGGUCUUAGUUCAGACGGUAUCAAUCCUUUCAGAAAUAUGAGCAGUAGUCAUAGUACUUGGCCUGUCCUUCUAUGCAUCUACAACCUUCCUCCGUGGCUAUGCAUGAAAAGAAAAUACAUAAUGAUGUCAUUACUAAUUCAGGGUCCAAAACAACCUGGUAAUGACAUUGAUGUUUAUUUGUCUCCUUUAAUUGAUGACCUUAAAGCCCUUUGGAGCCCUGGUGUAGAAAUGUACGAUGCUUAUGAAAAAGUGAACUUUACACUGCGAGCCAUGAUAUUUUGCACUAUAAGUGAUUUCCCAGCAUACGCCAAUUUGUCAGGAUAUAGUACGAAAGGUAAAAAAGCUUGUCCUGUAUGUGAAAACGAAACAAGCUCUAUAAGGUUAAAACAUUGCAAUAAAAAUGUGUAUAUGGGACAUCGACGAUUUCUUCCACGAGAUCACCAUUAUCGAAGACUUACAGAAGAGUUUGACGGAAAUGAGGAGCUUGGAAGGGCUAGGAAAAGUUUUGAUGCAUUUUCACGAGUUGAAAAUAUGAAUACCGUUCUAGGAAAAAGAUCUCAUACUGAGCAACGAGAUAACUGGAAAAAAAGGUCAAUCUUUUGGGAUUUACCUUACUGGAAAAGUCUGGAAGUUCGACAUUGCCUGGAUGUUAUGCAUAUUGAGAAAAAUGUAUGUGAUAGCUUGUUAGGUUUACUGUUAAACAUUCCUGGAAAAACUAAAGAUGGGAUUAAUGCUCGUAGAGACAUGGAAGCUAUGGGAAUACGUAAAGAGCUUGCCCCUGUUGAGAGAGCCAACAGUAUUUAUCUUCCACCUGCAUGCUAUACUAUGUCAGGCGAAGAAAAAAGAAAGUUUUGUCAAUGUUUGCAUGAUAUUAAAGUUCCAUCUAAUUAUUCUGCAAACAUUAAAAGUCUGGUGUCAAUGAAAGAUUGUAAAUUACUUGGCAUGAAGUCUCAUGAUUGUCAUGUUUUGAUGACGCAUAUGAUUCCUAUUGCAAUUCGUGGAUUGUUACCUGAGGAAGUUCGACAUACAAUUACAAAACUUUGUUUGUUUUUCAACAUGAUUCACUCAAAGGUUAUUAAUCCCGAAGUCUUGGAUAAUUGGGAGAAGGAUAUAUAUAUUACCCUUUGUGAACUAGAGAUGUACUUUCCACCAUCUUUCUUUGAUAUAAUGGUUCAUCUAGUAUCUCAUGUCGUAAAAGAGAUAAAGUCUUGUGGUCCUCCGUCAACUUCUUCAACUGCUGAUGCCGCUGACCUAUAUGGUGUGCACGACGUCAACAAAACGAGGCAUCCAGAGGGUAGUAUUGUUCAAGGGUAUACUUCCGAAGAGGCAAUUGAGUUCUGCACAGGUUAUUUGGAAGGCGUCAAAAGUAUUGGUGUUCCUAAAUCUCGUCAUUCAGGCCGACUUGCAGGCAUGGGAGGAGUUGGUAAGCAAUUAAUCACCCCACCAUCUGAUGAGUUACAAAUUGCUCAUUUUACUGUUCUACAACAUAUGACAUGUAUUGCUCCGUAUGUUAAUGAACACAAGAAAAUAUUACGAUUGACACACUUGCGCAAGUCAGAUAAUUGGUAUGCCAAACAACAUAACGAGGGGUUUUCCGCUUGGUUGAAGAAAAAGGUGGAGGAAACUUACGGUGAACCAAAUGUUGAUAAGACGGUGGAGAGGUUGGGAAUGGGGCCAGACUUUAGAGUAAUAUCUUACCAAGGGUAUGAUAUUAACGGUUAUACAUUUUAUACUAAAAAUCAAGACGAUAAAAGUGUAACGCAAAAUAGCGGAGUUACACAAAUAGCCUCAAGAACAAAUGUCGACCAAAUGACAAUCGCCAAAGAAUCAUAUUACGGUGUCAUACAAGAAAUUUGGGAGUUAUCGUAUUCUUCAUUCACAAUACCUUUGUUUAGAUGCAAGUGGGUCAAUAACCGCACAGGUGUUAACGUCGAUGAACAUGGUUUUACACUGGUUGACCUUACAACGGACGGGUAUAAAUCAGAACCAUUUAUUCUCGCAACUCAAGCCACACAAGUAUUUUUUGUCAAAGAUCCGUGCAAACCAAGAUACCAUAUAGUAUUGCAAGGUAAGCGACGUAUUCUUGGUGUUGAUGAUGUUGACGACGAGGAAGAAUACAAUCAGUUUGACGAAUUACCACCAUUUUCUGUCGGUAUUCAACAGAGUAACGACUAUAUCACUGUUGGCACCUCAUACUUACGACGAUCUGACCACGACGAAGGGAUAUCUAUCGAAAAACCAGCCAAAACCAAGAAAAAACGACAGAAAAAACGACGAUGA